AGUCUAGUCUAGUCCUCCGAAGUGGUAGCACGGCCAAACUUUUUCAACGGACGAUGUUUGUACGGUUAACAAGCGAAAUUUGUUGCAAACUUUAACGUAAACUGGUGGUUUUUAUGUUUCGUGGAACGCGAGUGCCUUUAAAGCAAUGUGAGCUUGUGAUAGUUGUUGAAAUUUUUAGUGAGUUCUUGUUGUUGGUUCGUUUGGUCGUUCGAUGUGUGUGAGUGUAAACAUUCCUGAAACGGUGAAGUGUGUUCAUGGAUCUUUUAUUUUAUUCGGUUGAUGGAAAGGGUAAAAGUCAUGUAAAGAAAGCAAGCCGAUCAAGAAGAGAAACGAAGAAAAAUGAUGGGCUGGCAAUCAAGCUGUGUUCUUCUUAAAGGCCUGAUUCUGCUGACAUUUAGCUUCCACUAUUUCGUCCUGGCGUCGAUACCCUCGAGCGCAAAGUUCUACACCAUCCAUUGGAACUCGUCGAACCCCAUAUUUCGCAUAGACAACACCGACAACAUCAUCGAUGUCAAUAGAAAUAACGUCAAGUUCGAAUAUGACCAGGUGAACCUGAUCUGCCCAGUGUACAUGCCUGGCACCAGGGACGAGGAGAUGGAGAAGUACAUCAUCUACAACGUGUCCAAGGACGAGUACGAGACCUGUCGGAUAACGAAUCCGAAUCCGCGGAUCAUCGCCGUCUGCGACAAACCCUACAAACUCAUGUAUUUCACGAUAACGUUCAGACCGUUCACUCCGCAGCCGGGCGGGCUGGAGUUUUUGCCAGGGCACGAUUACUACUUUAUAUCAACCUCUACGAGCGAUGAUCUGCAUCGAAGAAUAGGAGGUCGAUGUUCAAGCAACAACAUGAAGAUCGUGUUCAAGGUGUGGGGCCCGCCAUCGAUGCCCGCCACCUCGCAACCGCCCCAAGUGACGAAGCUGCCGUCGUGGUGGCCGGUGACGUCGCAGCAGCGAACAACGACGACGACCACCACGACAACGACGAGCACCGAACCGCCGACGACGACGACCAAAAAAUCCAAAACGUACAAUAAACACCCCAACGAGGUGGUCAAAAGUGAGGAACUCACCCUGGGGGGCAGUGCGACCACCCCGCUAACCAGUGCCGCCAACUUAAUAGUUAUGUGCGCGCUCUCCCUACUACUUUACACAAUGCGAUGAAGUUUUUAAGGUUAGAAAAAGUAAUAUGUCCACGCUGAAGCGAUUCCUCCCCCUUAUUCGAUAAAAAUACAAAAAACUUUUUCGUGUUCCCCUUGUAUGUUGAACUGUCUUGACGACCUAAAAUAUCCUAAUUUUAUAUAUACAUAAUGGUAACUAUUAUUAUUAAGAUAAAUUAUUUUUUAUUUGAGCCAUUGGAAUAUUAAUUUACUACUCCUGAAAUGCC